AUGUUUUUCAUCAGUUCCCUCAGAAAUAAUGAAACUUUAGAGUUUAUAGCGGAACAUCAUGCAUCAACAAAUGCUAAAGCAAACAAACUUUUAGUAGUAGGUACUAAAAAUAGUAAAGUACAUGAAGUUGCUGCUUUUAUCAGUCUACCAUUUGCUAGUUUACAAGUUAAUAAAUGGUAUAAUUUAUAUAUGGAGGAACAUGUAUAUAAAAAUAAUAGUAUGAAAAAGGGUAAAAAAGAAUCAAGACAGUUUUUUUUAUUACUUUCACCAAGUAAAAAUCAAGUUGGAGUUGGAGUUUAUAUACAUAAAAAAACAUUAUCUAUUGUAUUAACAUUUAUGUAG